AUGUCGUAUCAGAGUAUUAGCUACGAUCCCUCGUUCAAACCCGUUCAAAGGAUUUACGAGGAUCGUCUAAGACAGUUUAUCCAAGAUGGAGGUGAUUAUAAAGAUUUAAAUUUACCUAAAUUUUACGAUUUCAAAAGAAUUAGAUUAGACCAGAAUCACGUCAAAGUCCAAUGGUAUCAAGUACCUUUUGAACAAGGUUCAUCCCCAGUGUCACCCGAUAAGAGGCCUGCAUGGAAAGAAAUUAUUGAGAAGGAUUCACGUGGCGAAUUGAAUUUCCAAGAUGCUUCUAUCAAUCAACCAUUUGGCCCAAGUUGGUCUACCACUUGGUUUAAAAUUGAAUUGCAGAUUCCUCAAGAUUGGCUGGAAUCUGGUGAACAAUUGAUUUUUGAUUGGGAUUGUUCCAAUGAAGGGGUGGUCAUUGAUCCAAAGACUUUGCUACCAAAGACUGCCUUUUCUGGUUCAGAAAGAACCGAAUAUAGAUUACCUAUGGACCAAAAAGAUGGGAAGUAUUUUUUCUACAUAGAAGCAGGUAAUAAUGGUAUGUUCGGUUGUGGUGAAGGUUCCACCAUUAAUCCUCCAAAUGAUAAUAGAUAUUUUGGUUUAAGAAUGGCAGAUAUCGUAUGGCCUGAUUGGGAGGCAAGAGCUUUAUAUUAUGAUUUCUGGAUGUUGGGAGAUGCAGCUAGAGAAUUACCUGGUGACUCUUGGCAGAAAAACAAAGCAAGACAAUUGGCUAAUAAUGUUAUGAACAUAUUCGAUUAUAAUGAUCGUUCUUCAGUAAAAAAAUGUCGGGAUUACUUAAAGGCCAACUUUUACGAUGAAUUCUUAAACGAUUCCAAAGUUUACCAAAAGGGUAAUCUGGAUCUAUUGACAAAUGUAUAUGCAAUGGGUAAUUGCCAUAUUGACACUGCUUGGUUAUGGCCUUUUGCUGAAACAAGAAGAAAAAUCGUCAGAUCUUGGUCUUCUCAAACUACAUUGAUGGAUGAAUAUCCAGAAUAUCAAUUUGUCGCAUCACAAGCUCAACAAUUUAAGUGGUUAUUGCAAGAUCAUCCUGAAUUCUUUAAUGAUGUAUUGAUUCCAAAAGUUCAACAAUCCAAGUUUUUCCCCAUUGGUGGUUCUUGGGUGGAAAAUGAUACUAAUAUGCCCUCUGGUGAAUCCCUAGCAAGGCAAUUUUUCUUUGGCCAAAGAUUUUUCUUGAAACAUUUUGGCUUUAAAUCAAAUGUAUUUUGGUUACCGGAUACUUUUGGUUACUCCUCUCAAGUUCCUCAAAUUUGUCAAUUAUCUGGUAUCAAUAGAUUUUUAACUCAAAAAUUAUCUUGGAAUAACAUUAAUGAUUUCCCUCACUCAACUUUUAACUGGGCAGGUAUUGAUGGUUCUCAAUUAUUAACCCAUAUGCCACCGGGUAAUACUUACACUGCAGAUUCUCAUUUUGGUGACGUUUUAAGAACUUCAAGACAAAAUAAGACAAAUGAAAUGUAUGGCUCAGGCUUAAUGCUAUAUGGUAAAGGUGAUGGUGGUGGUGGUCCAACUAGAGAAAUGUUAGAGAAAAUGAGACGUAUUAGAUCUAUGUCAAACAAAAAUGGCAAUAUAGUGCCAAAAUUACAAGUAGGGACUACGAUUGAUCAAUUUUAUGAUGAUAUCUUAAAGAACACUAAUAAUGGUAAGACCUUACCUACUUGGAAUGGUGAAUUAUAUUUUGAAUUCCAUAGAGGUACUUAUACAACUCAAGCCAAUACAAAACGUAUGAUGAGAUUAUCUGAAAUCAAAUUACAUGAUCUAGAAUGGAUUGCUACAAAGACUUCAAUCUUAUAUCCAGAUAAUUAUCAAUACCCAGCUAAAGAUAUUAAUGAAUUAUGGGAACAUGUUUUGUUAUGUCAAUUCCAUGACGUUUUGCCAGGUUCCUGUAUUGAAAUCGUUUAUAAAUACGAAUCUAUUCCAUUACUGGAAUAUGUGGUAAGGAAGGCCAAUGAUUUGAUUGAUGCUGCAUGUGAAUUCUUAAAAUCAAAGACACCUGCAAGUAAUUUGCAAUUGGGUACAUUACCAUGGUCAAAGCAUGAUCUAAUAGUUUUACCAAAUGAGCAAAAAACUAAUCUUUCUAUUAAAGACAGAAAUGAUGAAAUUAUUAUGAAUAAUUCCAAAUUAAACGUCAUUAUUGAUAAGAAAACUGGUGUUAUUACUAGUAUCACAGACGUAAAGACAGGUGUGGAAUACUUGGAUUUGAAGAAUGGUAGAAAUACCUUAGGUGCCAAUCAAUUCGUCAUGUUUGAUGAUAAGCCAUUAUCAUGGCAAGCUUGGGAUACUGAAUUAUAUUCAGUAAACCAAUACAAAUACUUGAAUGAAGUUGAAAAUGUUUCAAUUCUUGACAAUUCUGAAAAUAAAGUAUCUGUUCAAGUGUCUCUUCCACUUGGAAAUGAUUGUAAGAUUAUUUCUACAAUUUCAUUAAAUUCUGUCACAGAAAAGAAUUCAGAUGAAAGUUUGAUUUCAAUUAAUACUAAAGUUUAUAAUUGGAACAAGAGAAAUGAAUUCUUGAAGGUUGAAUUCCCUGUUAAUAUUAGAAAUGAAUAUGCUUCUUAUGAAACUCAAUUCGGUAUUACAAAAAGACCAACCCAUUAUAACACUUCAUGGGACGUUGCAAAAUUUGAAGUUUGUCAUCAUAAAUUCGCUGAUUACUCAGAAUACAGUAAAGGUGUUUCUAUCUUGAAUGAUUCCAAAUUUGGGUUUUCUACUCAUGGUAAUUUGAUGAGAUUAUCUUUAUUACGUUCUUCAAAGGCUCCAGAUGCUAAUGCUGACAUGGGGUGUCAUGAGAUUAAUUAUGCCAUAUACCCACAUAGAGACCAAUUAUCCGCUUCUACUGUUAAAUUGGCCUUUGAUUUUAACUACAGAUUUAAAUAUCCAAUUGCAGAAUCUAAUGUCGAAAAGUUUAAUGAAUUAGUCAAAUUAGAAGGUGAUAGAAAUGUCAUUUUAUCCAACAUUAAGAGAGGUGAAGAUGACAAAUCAAUUAAUUCAGAUUAUACUUUAAAACCAUCAGAAGGUAAAUCAGUAGUUGUUAGACUUUAUGAGUCGUUAGGUGGUGAAUCAUUCACUACUUUAUUAACAACUUUACCAAUUAAAAAAGUUGAAAAAAUUGAUAACUUGGAAAUGUAUCAAUUAGAACAACUGAACUUCCGAUUGGCUGAUAACCAAAAGAAAUCUUAUGAAAUUCCUUUGAAAUUAAGACCUUUCGAGAUAGCUUCUGUUAAACUAUACUUCUAA